ACUGAGGCCAAGCCGGCUCCCCGCCCACCUGUUGCUCCCAGCCUCCCCUCCCAGCGCACACAGACUCCAGUCCGCCUCCUUUGCUGGGAUUUGUGCUGAGCUCUGCAGCCCGCAGCAAUGUGGCCUGCGCUUGUCCUCGGCCUCUGCCUGCUGGCCUUGGGGCUGCUGGGCGCCCGGCUCUUCGGCCGGCCGGGGAACCCCUUUGCCGGGGGCCCCCUGCAGCCCCCCAGGCCGCUGGUCACGGAUCAGAAGGUCAGGGACAAGGUCCUGAAGCAGGGUUUCGCCCUGGAGAAGGUGCCGCCCGACCUGGACGCCAUCGUGAUCGGCAGCGGGAUCGGAGGCCUGGCCGCGGCGGCUGCCUUGGCAAAGGCCGGCAAGCGGGUCCUGGUGCUGGAGCAGCACGACCAGGCGGGGGGAUGCUGCCACACCUUCCAGGAGAAAGGCUUUGAGUUUGACGUGGGCAUCCACUACGUGGGUCAGAUGCACCCGAUGGGCAUGCUGCGGGUGGCUUUCGACCAGCUCACGGAUGGGCAGCUGGAGUGGGUGCGGCUGGAGGACCCCUAUGACUGCGUGACGGUAGGGGACCGGGACUACCACUUGCGCUCGGGGAAACGGACCUUUGCGGAGGAGCUGGAGAAGCAGUUCCCGGCGGAGAAGGAGGCCAUCCGGGAGUUCAUGAGGCUGUCCAAGGUGGCGGCGACACGGGUGCCCCUCAUCGCCGUGCUCAAGAUGAUCCCCCUCUGGCUGGCCACGCUGCUGAUCCGCACGGGCCUCGUUCACUGGGUCUCCCCCGUCUUCAAGAUGGCGGACACCAGCCACAGCCAGGUCGUGGAGCGGCUGACGGCCAACAAGGACCUGCAGGUGGUCCUCAGCUACUUCUUCUACGGCGUUCCCCCCCGGGACUCCAGCUUCCUCAUCAACGCCCUCAUGGUGCACCACUACAAGCGCGGCGCCUGGUAUCCACGUGGGGGCGCCAGCGAGAUCGCCUUCCACGCCAUCCCGGUGAUCCAGCGGGCUGGAGGUGCUGUGCUGGUGAGAGCCCGCGUGGGGAGAAUCCUGCUGUCCGAGGGCGGCGCGGCUGUGGGAGUGACGGUGCAGAAGCGGGGCCAGGAGGAGAAGGUUUAUGCCCCCGUAGUGAUCUCGGACGCUGGGAUAUUCAACACCUUUGGGACGCUGCUGCCCCCCGAGAUCAGGAGCAAAGCAGGGAUCCAGUCUGUGCUCGGCAUGGUACAGCACGGCAUGGGCUCCUUCCUGGUCUUCGUGGGCCUCCAGGGGACCGCCGAGGAGCUGGGCAUCAAAUCCACCAACUACUGGAUCUACCUGCACAACGAUCUGGACGAGAUGAUGACCCGCUACGCUGCCCUCAGCAGGGAGGAGGUCAGUGAGAACGUGCCCAUGAUGUUCAUCACCUUCCCAUCAGCCAAGGACCCCACGUACCAGCAGAGGCACCCAGGCCGGUCCUGCAUGACCAUCCUGACCAUGGCUCGCUACGAGUGGUUCGAAGAGUGGUCAGGGGCUGGUGUGAAGAACAGAGGGGAAGACUACCACACCUACAAGAUGGAGAUCGCCCAGCGGCUGCUGGACAUGGCCUUGGAGAGGUUCCCUCAGCUCCGUGGCAAGGUGGAGUUCUUGGAGGCGGCCUCCCCUCUCACCAACCAGCACUACCUGGGGGCGCCCCGCGGGGAGAUGUACGGGGCCGAGCACCACGUGAGCCGCUUCGCGCCGGCCGUCGUGGCCACCAUGCGGGCGGAGACGCCCGUCCGGAACCUCUACCUCACGGGGCAGGACGUCUUCAGCUGCGGCCUGGCCGGGGCCUUGCACGGCGGCCUCAUCUGCGCCUCCGCUGUCCUCAACCGCAUCCUCUACGUGGACCUGCUGCUCCUGAAGAAGAGACUCAAGAGAGAGCGCGGCAAGAAAGCAGCCUAGGGGCCCGGCGGGUGGACCCCAUCCCUGCUCACGUGACCCAUGGACUAGCUGCCCCACCUCCGGCCUUUUGGUGCUCAGCCUCGCCGUGCCCCAGCGCUUUCCCUGGGGCCGGGAACGUGCCGGAGAAGGAAGAUCAGAGCCUCGUCUACACACACGUUCUCACCCCUAAACCCGCUUCUCCAUCCCCAGUCUGGGAUUCCCCCCCGGCCGCUGGCUCUGUGGAUCGGUCUACACGGCAGUUAGACCCCGGCGGCUGGCCCGUGCCAGCUGAUUCAGUCUCACGGGGCUUGGGCUAAGGGGCUGCUUCAUUGUGGGGUGGACAUUUGGGCACGGACUGGGGCCUGGGUCCUAGGACCUUGUGCGGUGGGAGGGGCCCAGAGCUCGGGCGGCAGCCCAGGCCUGAACAUCUGUGUCUCCCACUGCUGGGCCAUUGCCCUGGAGUGAGGAGACAAAACCCAGCCUGGCUUUCGGCCUAUGACAGCCCAGACCGGUGAGGGGCUGUGCCACCCCUGCCCUGCUGCCUUGGGUGCAUUGCAAUCACCACCCUGAGUGUCUGAGUAAAGCCACAGCCCUGGUCCAGCAGCUCUGAGGCCAGCCCUCGCCAGUCACACUCUGGCUACACCAGCCUGGGUUACCACGCGCCGGGUGGCCUCAGCACAUUCCCGGUCCCCGAUUCCCCCCCAAAACGUGCGUUCUGCACGUUCCAGCCCUCGCCUGCACAGUCCAGAUAGAUCUGGUCCGUUGCCCCUCUGAGUGGCUCAGUAUACAACCGUUUGCCACCUUCAAACAGUUCACAACCCUGGAUUCGUUUGGAUUAAAGAAUCAAUAAGUGUA